CACCACCGCGGACGACCUUUCCUUCUUUCCGGUCCGAUUCCCAGUAGAUACAUUUUCAAACAUGGGGAAGGGUAAGCCUCGUGGACUUCAAGCCGCCCGUAAAUUGCGGACCACCCGUCGUGAGAACCGAUGGGCGGACAAGCAGUACAAGAAGAGAGCGCUUGGUACCGCUUAUAAGUCCUCUCCCUUCGGUGGAUCUUCGCACGCCAAGGGUAUCGUCCUUGAGAAAAUUGGUGUUGAAGCUAAGCAGCCCAACUCUGCCAUUCGUAAGUGUGUCCGUGCUCAGUUGAUCAAGAACGGCAAGAAGAUUACCGCCUUCGUCCCCAACGACGGUUGUUUGAACUUCAUUGAGGAAAACGACGAAGUUCUUAUCGCUGGUUUCGGUCGGAAGGGUCGUGCCGUCGGUGAUAUUCCUGGUGUACGUUUCAAGGUCGUCAAGGUUGCCGGUGUGUCUCUCCUUGCCUUGUACAAGGAGAAGAAGGAGAAGCCCCGUUCUUAAACUCUGCAUUUGCUUGUACAUCGUUCAAUAUAUGUGAUCCAUGCGCGACCC